AUGGCUGAUUCAGAUGUUACUAUCAGCAAACCUCGAGGGCAGAAAUCAUGCCUGAAUUGUAAAAAUCGCAAGAUUGCCUGCGAUAGGCUGAUGCCGGUCUGCUCUUCUUGUAAAAGAAGAAAGAAGAUUUGCUCUGGGUACGAUUACAAUCUAUCAUGGCCUCGUGAUGGCGAUGAGCGCCGGGCGAUGACCGUGCAAGUUCGGAGUCAGAAGUAUCGGGCAAAUACAUUUGCCUUUCUAAACACCUCCAAUGUCGACGUCAUGCUUUACUAUGAGACAAAUUUUCGAGAUUCUCUCACCAACAACAAAAAGAUGAGCGUAUGGAUACCAUCGCCUACCCGCUCGCCACAGCUUCCCCGAUUUGGGAGUAAUAAACGCCCUUUAUAUGACACCGAGAUAUCGUCUGCUGUCCGUCUUAUUACCUCCCGGGGCGAUUUGCGACAAGAUGUAUGCGGCCUCCUCCGCCGGAUGGCACUCACAGACAACGGCAUUUCAUCUCUUGCAGUCCGUUAUGCCAUGAACGCGAUUUCAUAUCUUUAUCUCAGAAUGCCAGAUGAGGCUAUGAUGCAUCAAAUGCGUGCCGUCUCUGCACUGCAAGGCGCAAUCGACCGGAUUGUGGAUCCCAGGUGCAGAGCUCAAGCUAUUGCUGCAAGCUUGCUCUUAAGCUUAUACGAGUCGAGCUAUCACGGCCGUCGUGAGACUGACGGUGAAAAUACGGUUCUCUUGGACUGGGUAUUUUAUCACAACGUCCUUUACAAAUUUAGUUUGCAGCAUUGGCAAAAGCGCACCCCAGAGAUGGUAGCGAUUGCACAGCGGGAUAUGCUCAUCGCUAAGAUUGUGUCUCUCGAUCAUUUCCAUACGAUCCAUAGCACACUCGGUUGCUCGCUCGAGCUUAUGGAAUUCCUAAGUCAAGCUAUUGACCUGAUAAAAGACCGGGAUGAUCCAGACUACUUAUCGAAAAGCCAUUCGCAUGCCAUUUACAACCUCGAAGGCCAGAUCCGAGAUAUGGGCCAGCAGCUGUGCAGCGGCAUCGAUAGAGAGGAUUACCAUCUUGCAGUUCUCAUUUAUCUUGAUCGUGUAGUUCGAGGGUCAUUGGCUGAUUCGCGCUUGUCACGCACUAGUGCUGAGGAAGCACUCGACCUUUUAAGCAAUCUCGGAUUGUGCGAACGACCUUUUAUCAUGAUCAUGUUGGCUCUACAAGCGGAAAGCGACAGCGACAGAUUAUUGGUCCUUUCGGCUUUGAAGAAUGCGAUAACCGAGAGACCGCUAAGCAACCUGGCGUCGACAGAGCAGAUCAUACGGAGAAUAUGGGUUCAACAAGAUCUCUACGGGAGUGGACAAGCAGAUGCCUUGAAGAUGUUGAAUACCAUCAUCAGUUCCAACGAUAUUCCGCCUUCCUUCACUUGA